AUGGAGUCAGUUUUCACCCUUUUGCAUGUUGUAAUGACCAUUGUUAAUUUUUACAGAGCUAAUGGAACUGCUUGUACCAUAAGAACAACAUCUUCAAACCCACCACUUUGGAAAGAUGGUGAUAUCAUAAUUGGAGGGAUUUUCCCAUUACAUAGCAGCUGGGAGACAACAGAUUUAUCCUAUUUGGUCAUGCCACCACCAGUGAAGUGCAUGAGUCUUGAUAUUACAGCCUUGCAGUCUGCACAGUCCUUAAUCUUUGCAAUAGAUGAAAUCAACAACAAUAGAUCUUUACUGCCUGGAGUUUCAUUGGGCUACAAGAUCUAUGAUACAUGUAGUUCAGAAACAAUAGGCAUUAAAAUAGCUAUGGCACUUAUGAAUGGAAAUAUCACAGCCUCAGAUGAGCCCUGCACAAAGCCAGCCCAGGUGCAAGCCAUAAUAGGGGAAGCCUUUUCAUCUGUGUCUAUGGCUAUAGCCAAGAGUAUAGGACCUUUCAGCAUUCCCUUAAUCAGUCACUAUGCCACCUGUGAGUGUCUGAGUGACAAAAGGAAAUAUCCCUCCUUUAUGCGCACUAUUCCCAGUGAUUACUAUCAGAGCAGAGCACUUGCAGAGAUGGUAAAGCACUUUGGCUGGACCUGGGUGGGAGCAAUAAGAAGAGAUGAUGACUACGGUAACAAUGGGAUGGCUUCAUUUACUGAAUUUGCAGAACAGCUGGGUGUCUGCAUAGAAUAUUCUCUUCCAUUUUUUAGAACCUAUUCACAAGAAAAAGUAAUAAGAAUUGCUGAGCAAAUCAAAAGAUCCACAUCACGAGUGAUAGUGGGAUUCCUUGACACCUGGGAUCUGGAGAUUUUGCUGCAUAUAUUUUUUGAACACAACAUUACUGGAUACCAGUGGGUGGGAACAGAGGCCUGGAUCUCUGAUUCAGAACUUGUUGCAUUAGAUGAGUAUAACAUGCUGCAAGGAGCUAUCGGGCUAGCCAUUCCCAAAACAAGAGUAACAGGUCUAAAGGACUUCAUUCUAGAUAUAAAAUCACUGGAAUCUUCAGGUGACAUUUUUAUUCAGUUAUGGGAGACACUUUUUAAGUGUAAAUACACCACUCAUAAUGAAUCCGAUGAUGCACCAGUGUGCACAGGAGAAGAGAAAUUAUCUGAGGUGACGAACACUUUCACUGACAUGUCCCUGAUGCCGAUUUUCAACAAUGUCUAUAAAGGAGUUUAUGCGAUUGCCCAUACACUACACAACCUUCUUGGUUGCAAACAAAUUUGUCAUACAAAGAAGCAGCCUGAUCCUUUGACAUUUUUAGAACACCUCAAAAGGAUUCGAUUCAAUACGAAAGAUGGUGAAGAAGUUUAUUUUGAUGAAAAUGGUGACGUAAUUGCAAAAUAUGAGAUUAUAAACUGGCAAGCAAACAAAGAAUCCAAAAGUGAAUUAAUCACUGUUGGAUAUUAUGAUGCCACUUUCCCUGGUCAGGAUCGUCUAAUAAUAAACAUAGCCAAUAUUGUGUGGGCAAAUAAUGCCACAAAGGUGCCAGUAUCUGUGUGCAGUGAGAGCUGUCCUCCUGGAACAAGGAAGGCUGUACAGAAAGGAAAGCCCAUCUGCUGCUUUGAUUGCAUACAGUGUGCUGAAGGACAGAUCAGUAAUAUGACAGAUUCUAUUACAUGUAAACAGUGUUAUCAAGACUACUGGCCAAAUCUAUACAGGGACAAAUGUGUACAAAAGGAAAUUGAAUAUCUAUCGUAUGAAGAAACUAUGGGAAUUUUGCUAACAGCUGUUUCUAUUGCUGGUACAUUUAUAACAAUGGUAAUAACUAUAAUUUUCUUUAGAUAUAAAAAUACCCCAAUAGUCAAAGCCAACAACUCUGAACUGAGCUUUGUGCUGCUCUUCUCUCUGACACUGUGUUUCCUUUGUUCACUUACUUUUAUUGGUCAGCCCUCUGAGUGGUCCUGUAUGCUGCGCCACACAGCGUUUGGGAUCACCUUCGUCCUUGGCAUCUCCUGUGUUCUGGGGAAAACAAUAGUAGUGUUAAUUGCUUUCAGGGCUACACUUCCAGGGAGUAAUAUCAUGAAAUGGUUUGGACCUUCACAACAAAGACUCAGUGUUCUUUUCUUUACUGUCAUACAAGUCCUUAUUUGUGUGCUUUGGUUAACAAUAUCCCCUCCUUUCCCAUUCAAAAAUCUGAAGCUUUAUAAGGAAAAAGUAAUUCUAGAAUGCCAUUUGGGCUCAGCCAUAGGUUUCUGGGCUGUGCUGGGUUAUAUUGGAAUUUUAGCAUUUUUAUGUUUUGUAUUGGCAUUUCUGGCUCGGAAGUUGCCUGACAAAUUUAAUGAAGCCAAAUUCAUCACAUUUAGCAUGCUCAUAUUUUGUGCAGUGUGGAUCACUUUUAUUCCAGCUUAUGUCAGCUCUCCUGGAAAGUUCACUGUAGCCGUUGAGAUAUUUGCAAUUUUAGCAUCAAGCUUUUCUUUGCUAUCUUGUAUCUUUUUCCCUAAGUGUUACAUAAUUAUACUGAAGCCAGAGAGGAACACAAAAAAGCAAAUUAUGAUAAAAGUCCCAGGUAAGUGA